CCGAAGCCAGCGUGUGUGGUAGCAGGCUGGGCAGUUACCAUAUUUAAACAAGAGGAAUAACAAGGGAAACAGGAGAAUUAGUAAGGAAAACAGAAGAGAUUUUUUGAAUAAGUUGAAGGGGCUUCAAUAGACAAGUGCAGGAUCCCACAAAUCAUAAGUGAUUGAAAUAUUGAAACUUGAAAAAGAGGAGAAUUCAAUUUAAGUUUAAAGACGAAAUACUUUCUUAUUUCUUAAUUUACAUGUAAUGUCUGAUGAAAGUAAUUAAAUUAGAAAACAGACAGCGAAAUAUAACAAAAGUAUAUAUUUGGAAAAUAUAUACAUACUUUUACCUCUAGCUCAUAAAAAGGGGACUUGUUAUUAAGUAUCAAUAUGUCAUACUUGCUGUCAUGCUGCAUCUACGUCUGGCUAAUUUUGUUACCUGUAAGGACAAGUGCACUGAAUGAAGAAAUCGAGGUAUUGGUCUUAUUGCCAAAAAACAACUCUUACAUAUUCUCAAUGCCAAGAGUUAGACCAGCUAUAGAGUAUGCAAGGAUGAGACUGAGUGCAGAUCUCUAUCCAGGACUCAAUUUUACUGUACACUAUGACAAUUCCGACUGUGGCAAUGAAGCUCUCUUCAGCCUAGUAAGCCGGUCUUGCAUGAAGAAGCCCGACUUGAUCCUUGGUCCCGUCUGCGAGUACGCCGCAGCUCAGGUGGUCAGGAUGGCAUCGCACUGGAACAUCCCGGUGAUCUCGGCAGGUGCCUUGGCCACCGGCUUCAGCCACAAAGAGAAGGAAUACUCGCAUCUGACCAGAAUUGCUCCCUCUUACCUGAAAAUGGGCGAGACGUUCUCCGCUCUGUUCGAGCACUUCGGCUGGAAUAAAGUGCUUCUGAUCUUCGAAGACGACAGUGAAGAGCGGAACUGCUACUUCACAAUCGAGGGAGUCCACAGCAGUCUACACGUGGAGGGUUACAAAGUAGACAGUGUUGUCAUUCACAAAGACCACAGAGUGGAAACCGAUGAGAUCAUCAAGGACAUCUACAAAACUGAAGCAGUUGUAGUAAUGUGCGCGGGGGGCGAUACUGUUCGAGACAUCAUGCUGGCCGCCCAUCGAAGGAGACUGACCAGUGGCGGCUACAUCUUCUUCAACAUCGAGCUCUUCAACUCCUCAUCUUAUGGCAACGGAUCCUGGAGAAGAGGAGACAAAUAUGAUGCGGAAGCCAAGCUAGCCUACUCCGCUCUCAACGUGGUGACGCUAAUGAGGACUGCAAAGGCGGAGUUUGAGACGUUCACCACAGAGGUCAAGAAGUCCAUCCAAAGAGCAGGGAUCGGGCCAGACAGUGCUAAUGUAAACAUGUUUAUGGAGGGCUUCCAUGACGCAUUGUUGCUGUACGCGCUGGCCCUUCACGAAGUGGUGAAAAACGGCUUCAGCAAGAAGGACGGGGUACAAAUAACUCAGAGCAUGCGGAACAGAACCUUUGAAGGGAUUGCGGGCCAGGUGUCCAUAGAUGAAAACGGGGACAGGAACGGGGAUUUCUCUGUAAUGGCCAUGACGGACACGCAGUCAGGCACCUAUGAGGCUGUUUUCAAUUACUUUGGUGUCAACCAGAGUUUCCAGGAAAUUCCCGGGUUCAACACGGACCGCUUCACCCUGCGAGAGAGACCACGGCCUCCAAGUCCAGAGCAGCCGGACCAAUCAUCAGGUGGACUAGGGGUAUCUGCAGUCACUGGGAUCAUCGUUGGAGCUCUUCUGGGAACUGCACUGUUAAUGGCAUUCUACUUUUUCAGAAAGAACUACAGAAUAACCAUCGAGCGACGGACUCAGCGGGAGGAGUGCGACAUCGGGAAGCACCGCCAGUUGCGGGAGGACUCCAUUAGGUCGAACUUCUCGGCGGCGUAGAGAGAGAGAGAGAGAGAGAGAGAGCGAGCGAGCGCGCUGGAGGACCGUCAACGUUCCCGUUCCAGGGAAGUGUGUCGCGGAACGUGACCAAAGACUCUGCAAGGCUGUCAAAGGACUCCUUUUUAUUUAAAGACAUGCUGUAGUGUUGUUGUUUUUUUUUUUUUUUAAAUAUCCAUUUUUUGACUUUCAUAAACUCAGGAAAGUUGUAUCAAUCACGCGGUGCCACUGCCACGGCAUUUCAUCUCUGUAGAAAAAACAGACCUACACAGGAUGUAUUUCAAAAUUGUAGAAUUUUUUUUUUCUAUUUUUUGUUUUGCAGAAGGCCAGUAUUGAGGCUACAGGAAGCAAUGGCUUCUUAAUUAUGCAUAAAAUUAUGUCUGGAAAAGCCUCACUAUUCCAGUGAAUAGGAAAUUUGAAAUUCAUUGUAAAUUCAUAAUAGAACGCUCAUUGGAUUUGUGGGAAUAAAUACACUAUGCGUUAGCCUGAAACCGUUUUUCUUUCUUCCAGAUAUUUCGCACAUCUAUUAAUGCCAAGGAAUGUGACUUGAGAUAAAUAGAUGAUAAUAAUGGAAUAUAUCCAAGGACUGAUGAUAAUGGAUGAUAAGGGAUGAUAAUGUGCACACCAAGGACUGUUACCGACAGUAAAUACGAAGGACGAGGCUGAGAUAGCCUCUUUAUCUUCUGUUGGCGUGUAGUAUAUCUAUACACUCUCACACAAAUGGCUUAUUUAUUGUGUAUAUAGUUGUAGUGCUUCAUGCAGUAAUACAACAUGGCCAUGAUCUUCAAAAUUAUGUAGGGUUUUUAAAUUACUAUCUUGAAGCCUUCUCUAGAUGCCUUUUGCUGAACACAAGCUAAAGGAAAUUGAAAUUUUGCAGCACAUUCUGAAGUCUUUUUAACGGCACCAAAUCUAAAUAACAUGCCCUUAGAAAGGGGAAGAGAAUGUUGUAAAGAGGCACAUAACAGAUCUGGAUAAAUGACGAUUUCAGAUUUCAGAAACCUUCAGAUGUGUCUUUGAAACGUACGAUUUUUAAUUUUGAAAGAAAUAAAAAUGAAAACAUACUUGGUAACUCAGUCCUACAUGUUCCCAAAAAGCUUUUCCUUCUCCCCUUUUCCGAAUAUAUUUAAGUGUAUGUAGAUAAGCUACCUUUGCUUUAUGUUAGGAAGCCAAAAGACAAGUAAAAACAUGAAAUUCUUCUUCAGUAUCAAAUGAUAUAAAAAAUUGAAUGGCCCAGCAACAGUGCUAUUUACAUUAUGUUGAGUAAAAAUAUAAUUAUUUUAUGCAUAAAUCAUAUACAGUUGUAAAUGUCAAUCUCCCUUUUUGUCCAGGCAAUGUAAAAUUACAGUACAUCUGUUUUCAGGUGUUUUCAGGUAAUAUUCUAGUGAAAAGAUUUGAGAAGAAACGACAUAUUAUUCUGUAAUUUUGUACAUAAUUGAGAUUGCUUCAUAUAUUUACCACCUUUAAAUGGUAUUUUGAAAGAAUUCAGUAGUAAGCUGUACAUUUGUGAGAAAUAAACAAAUACACAACAUUCUGCUCAGUUUCUAGUGAGCUAAAUAACUCAGUUUCACUGCAAAAGCUGUUCUGUUAAUCUAUCCGUUAUGGAUACUAAUAACCUCUCUGUUUAACAUUUUGCAUCCACGUGUAAUAUGCUACAUGUUUAGGGCCUUAUGUUUUCAACAUUGUGUCGAUACAUUUUCUACAUAGAUAUAUAUAUAUAUAUAUAUAUAUAUAUAUAUACAGUGGGUGCAGAACAUAUAAAGUGAAUUUCUUAGCAAAUAUUAAAAAGUGAAAAUGCAAUCUCUAACAUCUGAGACAUGUAAAUUAUUGACAAAUGCGUGUGCAUUCUGAUGAAUAUAAAAAAAUUAUCUGAUCAAGAGUGCGGAGUUUUCAAUAAAAGACAUCAAUUAGGUAAAAUUCUCUGUGUUAAUUUAAACAAGAAAGAUACUUUCUAUCAAACACAUUUGUUACCCAAAAGCUUGAGUGUAUUUCAACACAGAAGUCUGUGUUCUGUUUCGAUCACAAGGUUCUCCUGUGUAUAUUGUUAGUUUUCCCACUUUUUUAAUGCCAGAACAUACGAAUGCCAAAAAAUGCACCUUGUUCAAGGAAAGCUGAAAAACGCUGAACUGGAAUUUACGUCUGAAGUUUUCAGGAUUGCAACAGAUAAGGCAAACAUUGUAAUAUUAGAUACCUUGAUGACUGAUGGAACGUAUCACCAAAUUCUAGCUACAGGAAACAAAACAAAGAACUCAUUUUAAUAAGAAAUAUGUAUCAACUGAUGGUAAUGUAAGGUAAUGUAAUCAUAACAGGAAUAUUGUACUCUUGGACAGUUUCCACGUGUACCAUCAAAUCAUUUCCAUUAAAUAUUUUUUACUGAGGGAACCUAUUUGUUAAGUGCCAGAAUAAGUCUAGGCUCAUUUCGUUCAGACGUUUAAUUUUUGGCUGAUACAUUUUAUGCUUUAGAGGCGUUUUUAUGGGAAAAAUGUACUGUCAGUUGGAAAAAAAUAAUAUGAAAAAUCCAUACUCACCUGCCAAAAAAUGACCUGGCAAGAUUGAAGUCAGAGCAAACACAGAGAGGCAGUCAUGGCAUGCCUUACAUAAGGUAAAUACAUUUACAGAAAGCUAGCCAUUUUUCUCUGGGAUGGCAUUUUAGAAUUGAAAAUGUGCCCAGAGCCUAGGGGUCCAAAUGAUAUAAUGGGGAUUAAAAUUCAAACAACAUUAUCUAAAUCAUUUACUCUGAGACCAGCUACUUAAAGAAAAUAGGCAGUUUGGUGGGGCAAAAAAUCUGGGCUUGAUUCCACAGAGCUUUUUAAUUACUUGAUUCAAAACAGUUAAGUAAGGUAACCUUUUAGAUGCAUGCUUAAUCCACUUCAGCUGAGCAAUGUAGCAAAGUGCUUGGAACAGAGUGUUUCUCCAUAGUCAUUGCUCUGCUUUUCUUGUCCAGGAAACACAAUCCUACUUUCAAAUUAAAAUGGCAUCCAAGAUAAGAUUUUAAACAAUGCUCAUUUUCAUUUUACCCGGUGUGCUGUUAUUCAUGAGGGAUUUAUUUUGUUUCAGUCAUUUUAUGAGGCUUGUCACUUACGACUUCAACUAUGUCACAAGCACGAUAUCGUAUGCAUGUUUAUAAGGAGACCCAGUGUCAGAGUGAAAUGCUGUGUGUGUCUUAAAGCGCUGCGUUUAUGCAGGGUUUGAACUCUGUUAAAUGCACAGUUAUCUGUAGGCAUGCUCGGCUAGCGCCAGCCCACUUCCCAUUCUGUGACCGUCUGGAGCCGUUCCAUGUUCUGGAAAGAGGACUCCAUCCAAUCCCCCCAGAGAUUUCCUCCUGUUUAUUGCAUUCAUCCAGUACUGUAAAUUAAGGGAAUGAAAUUGUUUGGAUAGGGCAUGCGUUUGAAGCGACAAUGGAGCUUUGAAUAUGUUUGAAUAUGUUAUUUUUAUUCUUCAUACAUACAUAAAGGCAGAAUUAUACGGAUAUUUCACCAGCUAAUGCGAUUGAUAACACAGAUAAGCUUUGAAAAGUAGUCUUUGAAAUGGAUGAGGUUCAUAUGUAUGUCAUAUGUCAUUGUUUCUUGUGGAAUCUGUUGGAUCGAGAUCCAUUAUAUCAUAAUAUAGGUUAAUUACUCACACAUGUUGUAACAUCUUGAAUGUAUAACAUGCACAAUUUAUUUUCACAGACAUCUCUAAAAAUGUGAAACUACAUGUAUGUGCAAAACAGUUAAGUCUGUAUGAUAUGUACACAUGGAAAUUUGAAGAUUUCAUAAGCUGGGGAUCAGGGUUUUAAAUAUAUGCUGGUCUUGGAAAUGUAGUGAUUAUUGUUGGGGCAGGGGGAUUUAGAUGAAAUUUCAAUACUGCACAAGCUAAUAGGUAAAAUGUACUGAUGUAAGUAGAAGUAUCUGCAUAUAAUGUGAUGUUAUUUAUUGAUACCUUAUUUUGUAGAAAUAUAAUACUGCUUACUGUAGAUUUAACCUCUUGCUUCUCUUGUGUAAAAUACUGUGUUCUAUUUCAAGAAGGCGAGUUAUUUCAAAACAUGUCUUUUCCAAGCAUCUGUUACUUCAUGAUUAUGUGUACAUGGCUUUGUAAACAUUUCCUGGCAACAUGUAAGUUAUUUAGAUUAUCAAGAUAUAUUGACCAAUAAAAAUUUUAAAUGUA